AUGGAAGCAAAACAUAAAAUACAGUUAUCGUACAAUGUCCACCAUGAAUUACGCCUCCUCGAACUCGGCAAGGAGUCUGAACAGGAUAGGCGGUUUUGGAACCCUGCGAAGGUCACGGCCCAUUCCCUUAUCCUCUCACAUCGUGGUCCCCUCAAUAUCUCACAACAGUCCAAGCCAACUACCCAGCCAAUCCUGCCCUAUUCGUACCAGGAUCUGUUAAAUCCUAUGAAAGUAAAUUUCUCAAUGACGGGCUGGCACUCGCACCACUCGCAGGCCUAUUCUCCCUGUGCUGAUGCUGAUGCUGAUGUGGGUGUGGGUGCUGCGGUGGAUGCUGCUGAGAGACUGCAUGUUGCGGCGCAUGCUGCGGCAGCCCUUGGUCACGAUGCCCCAUGGCCACCGGGGGAGGACCAUCUCUCAUAG